AUAUUCGUUGCCAGCAGCUGCCUGUUUCAUGCAAGCGCAGCACCAGCUUUGUGCGUGAAGUGCUGAAACCGGAAUGUGAGUCCCAUAAUAACACUCCGUGUGAGAAGCCACAGCGAGCGAGCGAAAGCACGAUGGAGAACGGCGAGAAGAGACAGAACAAAUGGUGGUCAGAGGGAGAUACUUUUGCACUGCUGGCCCUCAUUGAAGAACUCGGUCUGGUUCGAGAGUUGGAUAAAAAACGCCAGCGCAAUGACUCCCAUUUCAAGAGGCUGAGGCACACCCUGGCCAAACGCAACAUCGAUUUCACUGUCAACCAAAUCCGCAACCGCUGGAAGAGCCUGAAACACAAAUAUCGCAAGAUCAAGACCGUGGGCUACCGGAGCGGCGCCGCCAAACUCUCUGCCAUCGAGUCUUUCCGCUACUUUAAGAAGCUGGAUCGCAUGCUGGCAAGGAGACCCAAACCAGCGACCCCGCCUCAUUUGGGAAGCGACAACCUGGUCGUGCUUUCUGCCUCUGAGCUUGAGGAUCACAUAGACAGUGACCCACAGCAACCUUCCAGAUUGGUAGCCUGGGAUCCCCUCAGCAGUGGUCCAGAGGUGGAUGUCGCUGAGGAAGACGUUAAGGAUCCUCAUGCGCUACCUGUGGGUCUCAAGACCCCUGCGUGGGAGAGUGGGGAGGAGAUAGUCACCUUAGGGCCUGCAGGGGAAUACCUGUUCCCGGUCAAGACCAGCGAGCAGCAGCUGUCCCCUGCACAGUCCAUAGGGGGCUCCACUGGACCCCACUGCACCAGUUCCACACCGAAUUUGCUUGGUGGUGCCGAAGACGCCAACACCCUAAUCCUCCAGCAGCUAACCUUGCUGAACCAACAGCUGGAAGAACAGAUGGCCGAGCAGCGGGCUUUCCAUUGCAGUGUGCUGGGAAUGCUGGACCGGCAAAUCGAGGUACUGCAGCAGCUCUCCAACAAUACCAGGAUGCCACACCGGGGCAAGAGAGAGAGCUGCCCCAGCCAGCAGGUCCACGGUGCCUUGGUUCACAUCAUGAGGGGUGUGGAGCAGGCUAGGGCCAAGGGACUAGUGCAGAGCCCUUCCAGACAGCGCCCCCUUGAGGCAGCUCUGCCUGUCUGGUCUGUGCCCCUUCUGGGGCGGAACCAGGGCUCCUUCUCCUCAGCAUUAUCCUCGACCAAUGAGAACCCGCCCAGAGCUGUGACGUCACGUGGAGGGAAGGCGGAACCUUCACGCAUAGCAAAUCAGCUCCUCCCUGCUCCUAAAAACUGCCAGCACAAAUGAGAAUGCAGCAGAUAAAUAGGAGCAUUCAAACAUAAUAUAAGUAUGGUGUUUUCAGAUUUUACCGUGUAGUAUUGACUGAUUUCUCCUUCCCCACCCUCAAGUGGGGGGGGGGGGCCACACACAUGCAGAAAUGAAAUUGCAAAUAUGAGUAAGUGUACUAUUUCUGCGCCAGCUGUCAUACUCAAGCUACCUUUAGGGCUGGAAAUGUUUGGUUUUCACUAAACUAAACUAAACUAAACUGUAUGAGCACAGUGCAGUGUAGCUUUUCAGAUCUCCCCUUUUUUCUCUUUCCCUGCUUGCGUCCUGUUCCCUUAGUCCCGCCUCUUCUCACUCCCUAUUGGCUUCCGUCCUCCCCAGUACUUCGUAAAGCCGAAAGCUAUUGGCUGACCUGGACGUGCAAUUACACAAAUGAGCCAAUUAAAGACAUUCUAUAAUUGGCACAUUUACUUUCCAACAAUCAAGGCUUUCAUUUGACAAGCGUUUGGUCGAGCGUCAUUAUCAUAAUGUCUUUUAUUAUUAUAAUGCCUAUUAGAAUUAUACGAUUUUAAACCAUCAAAAAUAAAACCUGAUGAACCUCUGGAUCCUCCAAAUAAAAAGAAAGACAAAUCUGGAUGUUGAAAAUGGAAGGAAAAGACAACAAAACAAGAAAAAAAAAAUGCAAUAAGUACACUGUCACAUUAUCUAUUUAAAUUUAAAAAUGAU